ACUCCUAAUCCACAACUUCUUUUUAUUUUGGAUUAAAGCAUCUGAAUAAAUUUGAUUUCACCCUUUUCAGAGGGAUCUCUGGAGGAGCGGCAUCGAUCCAUUCCUGGUAGCUAGAAAGUUCCAUGAAUUUGUCGAGAAUGCUCUGGCCGAGGAGAGAAGAAACCCUGUUACCGGCAUUAAUCUGCAAAGCUUUGACCUGUGUCAGCUGUUGGCUUUUGACUCCCACUCCUCUGUCUUGCCCUCUCCAAGGCAACGUUAGACUGAGCGACUUUGCAAAAUGCUCUGCCGUGCAGCUCAGCCUGGAGGUGGACGGCCAAGCUGUGUCUAUAGACCUGGUGCCCACCAUCCGGAAUAAAGUGGACAUGUCCAUGGAUUGGCCACGGCAGGAUCUCCGGUGGCUCUCCGACUGGUGGGACCGGGAGCAAGACACGGAGCGGAUCAACCCCACCUGGAAUAUCAUGGACAUUUACAAAACUGGGACCGAUCUGAUGGCCAAGAAUCUGUAUUGGAGGCUCACUUUCUCCCGGGCUGAGACCCGACUCCUCAGGGACAUUGACCUCGAUGGUGCUGGGUGGAGGCGGGAGGCCCUGCAGCUGCUGAAGCAAAUCAACAUGGAGAAGUGGGGGCCGCGGUACGGCAAAGACCUGACCUCCUGCCACCUGAAGAUGGUCCUGUUUUGGGCUUCUGACCUCAACCCAGAGACAGAGCACUGGGCCACGUUGCCGGCUGCUGUGGGGACCCUGCUGAAGGUGCUGGAGUUCUGCCUGGAGAAGAGACACCUGCCCAGUUACUUCCUGCCGUCCAUUAAUUUCUUCGACUGGCACCGGACUGAGGAGGAGAAUUCCCUGAGGAACCUGGGGCUGGAGGCGCUCAGACUGGAGGUGAGGCUGAUGAGAUGCAGCCCAGAACGGUACCUGCAGCUGUGCUACGACCUGGCCAAGCCCCCAGGCCCGGGACCCUUCGUCCAACGGGCGCGGGAGCUCGACGCCUUUAGAAGGGAGCAUCGGAACGACUUGGAAGAGUUCAAACACCUGAAGGAAGGAAAACAGCCGGGACAGGGAGCUGCGAGUGUCUUCUUUGCCCAACACAGACACCUGGGCUCGUGUCUGCAGUUAAAUAUGCUACGCCAGGAUUUCUUAAACUGGGGGUCGGGACCCCUCCAGGGGCCGUGAGGUUAUUACAUGGGGGGUCGCGAGCUGUCAGCCUCCACCCCAAACCCCGCUUUGCCUCCGGCAUUUCUAAUGGUGUGAAUGUGUUUUUAAUGUAUAAGGGGGGGUCACACUCAGAGGCUUGCUGUGUGAUAGGGGUCACCAGGACAAAAGUCUGAGAGCCCCUGGUCUACGCUAACUUCACUUGGCUUUGGAUUUAUCCCGGGGGAACAGAGUCUGCUUAAAAACCAUGAGCCUUGAUUUAAAACACAAUGUUUUUAAACAAUAAUAAAGGCUGGGUUCUGUUCA